GGUGCAGUCACAUAUCUAGGUCAUCGUUAUGGCAUCGACCUUAGGUCACGUUAGCCUGGAGCUUAGGAUGUCAUUGGCUGUUGUGUAGGUCAUCAUUAGGCUCUCAAGGUUGCGGGCUUACAGUUUGUCCGCACCUGGCCCAGCUGAGAAUUUGGCCAUGGCAUCUGUCGACAGUGGGGACGUAGGGAACAUAGAUGCCCUUCUGAGAGCCGCAGAAAUAUUAGAGAAGAAACUGUACAGUAAAGGUGGCUAUGACACAGCUGACGCACUCCGUAAUAUUAGUGUGAGCCAGUUUGUCGACUGGCUAAAUUCUGGUGAACAAACGGAUGCUGAAACAACUCUGGAUAAUAAUAUUGCUUCAACUAUCCAAGUAGAGCUUGCGAAUCUCAUUCAAAUGUCAGGAUGCCAAAAAGUCAGUGAUUUCCCAACAGCAUUUGGAUCUGGUCACAAUGCAAAUUCUUCAGAAUCAAUAACUCUGAGUUAUCAAGAUGAUGAUCCCGCGUUCAUAUAUCAUCCUAGUAACUGGAAGCACUGUGAUGCCUCACGCCUGAGAUCAGAUUGUAUUUCUUCAAACGUUUCGCCAAAUCACUAUCGCAUACUUACAGCUGCCUCAGGCGUUAGCCAAUUGUCAGAAUCAUCACUAGUGGGAGGAACAGGAGAUGAACCUGAUGGACUAUCAAAUACAAGUGAUGACGUUUGUAUGGACAACUCAAGUCAGGAUAGUUUCUCAGGCAACUUGAUAUCUGUUCGUCCUCCUGCAAAUACGUUACACACUUUUAACUCAUCUCCUGGUCCUGAAUGUAGUGGUAAUGUGGAUGCUGUGUACUAUAAAUCUCGUUUAAGAUCAGCUUUAUUGACACCAUAUUCUCCUGGCUGUGAAAUACAUUCCAAUGAUACUCAGCGGCCAAGUGAAUCCUCUCAUAAAGAUGCAUCGGUUACUAAUUUAUUGCCUACACAUCAAGGCAUUACUGGAAAUAUUGUGUCCGGAGUGUGUUCUAGCCAAACAUCCCCACAGAGACCAGAAGUCCUCAAUAGAAUGUCUGGAAGCGGUGAUGACUCAGAUCAGCAAGAAGCCAAACGCCAAACACCUGGAAGUCCUAGAAAUAUUACAACUCUGCAACAACAAACCUCCUGGAGUGCACCUCCGUCUGUCUCAUCGAGUAGUUGUGCUACUCCAGAUAAAGAGUUUUGCGAUAUCCCCACUCAAAUUGAUACUCCUCAACUUGUUUAUCCAAAUCGUCCAUCACGAUUUAGCUGUUCAAGCCUACCUGUAAAGAAACGCAAAUUAGAUUGGAAACAAUCAAGCAGUAAUUCUUCUGAUCUCCAGUCACCUCACAAACAUCUAUUUCAAUCAAAGAAAGUUCUAACUAACAGUCCAUCUGAUUUUACUACCACAAGUUCUACACUAACCACAACUUUAAAUCAAAAUUUCUUCACCUGUUCCUUGAGUAAAGACAGCAUUCCAGAGAGACGGCAGUCAGUUGGCGCUCUACCUAUGUCAAAUAUUGGUCACCAACUUCUUGCAUCAAAAAAUACUAUCCCUCUCCUGAGAACUUGUUCCGUUCCUGUAAACAAUAAUCAGCAGAAUUUUGAUUCUUCUUCAAAAGCUCUGGAUUCUUUGGAGUUUCACAGUCACCAUCCACUUGAAGAGAAAAAAAUAUCGUCAAAAACUCACUAUCAGAACCAUUUUUCUGUACUAGCUCGUACACUGACUGGUUCAGAUAAUGAUACUACUUCUAUGCAUUUGAAGCAGUAUUCUUCUGAAUCAGUAGCACUGCACAAUAGUUCAGAUUGCUUGAAAAUCGGGAAAGAUAAUACUUUUCAAGAAAAUAAAAAACAUCUCUCUCUAGCAAAUGUUAGUCUGCAUAAUACUACCAAUUAUUAUGACAAUAUCUCUAAUAAAGCGGAAGGCAUCUACACUUCUGAAUUUCAAGACUCAUCCUCUGCAAUUGCCUCAGGAAAAACGCAGACAACUGAUUUGUUGUUUCGUCCACCACGUAAUACCUGGAAACAUCGUCAUAAUAUUCUUAAUAAUCAGUUAUUUUCGACGUCGUCAUCAUCAUCAUCACCAUCAUCUGUGAUUAGUGAUACAGUCAUUAACACAACCAAAGCACCUCCAUUUUAUACUUCAGAUUGUUAUCAGAAACAAGAUUGCCUAUCCAGAAUACUGACUACUAAGAAUUCAGAUACAUCUUUAUCCGAUCAUUAUCACCAAUAUACUAACAGGUCUAAUGGAUCGCCGAUGGAGCGUAAACAAGGUGGUCUGAUACAGAAUAUAUCCUACGGUGAAUAUUUACCACAAUUAUUGAGCACACAUACAACCAAAGAAGAUAGUUUAUGUACUGUGGAUACAUUUAACCGUAAACGUCCCAAUGGCAUAGACGAGGUUUCAUUGAAAGCAGAUGCUGCCUAUUCCACAUUUCAAAGUUACAGUAGAAACCAACCAUAUCAAAAGUCAUCUAGUGUAGUUAUUCAUCCUAAAACGCCUGAGUCUUCUGUGGCUACUAUUACUACUACUACCAACACUGUUGUUAAGCCGUAUUAUAAUAAUUCUGUAAGUAAUAUUUUCUCUAUGUUCGUGUAUGGCUGAAUGGUCGUGAUUAUUCUUUAGUAUUUUUGUGUAAUGCUCAAAAUGUGAAUCUUAAAUUAUCAUAUAUUUUAGUUUAUCUAAGUAGUCAUAUGUAGUAGUAAUUCAUGUUCUGCCCUCGGACAGAAUGAAUACUUAGCAGUGUGGGAAUUCUAAGAUAAUGGUAGAUGGAAUGAGUUUUGAACAUAUGAUUCACUUGAACAACAUUAGUCUUCGAUGCAUCUGUAUCUCUAAUAGUUUAUAAUUCUGUUGUUAUUGUUUUAAGGUGAAUCUAAGGCAGAGGGGUAAAUGUGGAGCGUAAAGUUUUCAUAGCUGUUGUGUAGAAACGCGAUCAUGUGUCCUGAGGGUCGAGUACAAACUACAAAUACGAGUUAUUCAGAUGGAUGUCAGGAGUGACAGUAAACUUGUUCCUGCAAAUUCUAGUCCUAUUGCAAUAGACUCUGGAGUAGUCAGUAAAGAACCAAUGAAUCAUUUGAAGCCUGCAUCUGUAGAAUCUUCUUAUAAGACGUUACCUGUCACCUUAUCAUCACCGUCAUCUAUUUUAUCGAAUCAAAUGAAUGUAAAUGGUGCGCAUGUUAUUAUGAUGCUGUCACCAUCAAAUACAGUUCCUACAUCUCUCCUUUCUUCAGUUUCAAAUCAGAUGAUGUCAUCGUCUUCAUCCAUAGCAGAUACUAAGCAAACACCAAGCAGUUGCACAGGCAAAAAGCAGUUAAUUGACUCUUCACACAUUCAAAACUUAAACAAUUUUGGAGUAAGUUUAAACUCAGGAACAUCAAAGUUUCCUUUACUUUUGGUGUCUGCUUCGUCAUCUGCUAGUGCAGCUGCUUUAGCAGAAGCUGCUGCAUUAGCCACAGGAGCUCCACCUACAAGUUUAGUACCUGUUCCUGUACAGGUUACUACCUACGUGCCACCGUCGAAAGAUCAGGAUAAUGGUGAUCAGAUGAAUAGUCAAAGUAAAAAUUCCUAUUUCCUAAAUGAAAACAAUAAUACCUCAAAUCAACAUUUUAUACUUUCAGUUAUGAUGAAUGAUAAUGAUGAGAAAUCACCUUCAGUGCCGAUGGGUCUACGACAGAUACCACUUGUUUUAAGUGCUCCCAUUUAUCCCUCACAUUCAAACUCCACUACCACCACGAUCACCAAACAUAAUGAUGUUAACAAUGCACAACGUGUUAGUCCUACAUCGGAAUCCAGUUGUAUCCCAUUUACCAUCACAUCCAGGGCCAAUGUAACCCCCCAUCAACCUGCAUGACUCAUCCACGAGAAUGACAGACAACAAGACAAGUAGUCGGUUGUUACUGUUUGAAAAGAAGGUAACUAUACACAGUCUACGUUUGUAAAUUGAUAAAAUGUUGUUCUACUCUAUGCCCGACAUAUUAUUGUUUUCGAGCGGUGAAUGUGUCUUUGUGUGUGUCAAUCUGUCUGACUGUUUUAUUCACCACCGUUAUUAUACUCUAACUAGUCGUUUUAUGGGAAACAAUUUGCCAGCCAUAUCUUAAUGGAUAUUGUUAACUCUCUUAUGUAGGCAACACCUUCUUUUGACCACAGUUUUCUGUUGAUUCGUUUAUUAUUGUCGUGACAACUUUUUGUCUCUAUUUUCUUCGUUCAUCAUCUUCAUUAAUGUAUCCGUUGUAACUAGGAGUCUUUAAUCUUAUUAUUAACAGUAAUUUGUUUGUUGUUCCACCUCCACGGUUUUCUUCUCUUUUUCUCCGUUAUUCUUGUAUUAAAGCUCCAAAAAAAAACAAUGCUUGAUAUUAUUAUUAUUUGUUACGGUUACUGUUUCAACUACUUCUUAUGUAAUCCCAAUCUGCGCCUAUUGAUACUACUUUUGCACAUUUCAUUUUAUUUCAUUAUGUCUAUCUCUUAAUGUUUACGUGUAAGACUGUGUAACGCUACCGUUUGUGCUACCACCCACUCACCUAUCAUUCGUUAUCCUUCUCCUUACCGCCGCCCCCCCCUCCCGUAGGUGCUCGUUACAACAAUGAAUAACGCUUGUGAACACUUUUUUCAUUUAUUAUUAUUUUUUUUUUAACAUAUAUGAGGAAGUUUGAAGUAAUUUCAGGCACUCAUAUUGCAUAAUCCUCCUAGGCUCUCCUUCAUUUUCUUUUUCUGGUUGCACCGAUUUUCUUUUAUCUUUCUUAUGUUUAAAAUUGUGUCAGCACUAUUUUUUGUGGCUGAUACCAUGUGUGUGUGUGUGUGUGUGUCUUCUCAUUCUGCCCACCAUAUCUUUUUGCAUGUUUUUACAUACAUUAUUAGGUAUUGAGAAGUUACACUAGGCCGAAGUAAACUAACUCCUGUUGUUUUUCUCUUUUUCUUUUUUUAUGUCUUCGAGGACUAUUUUAAGCGAAAAAGUCCUGAGAAUGUGAAAUUGCAUUUCUCUUCUCCUUUCCUGUUUAUUUAUUUAAUUCCCCCGUCUUCUUCUCAUUAAUGGUUUCUGCUUCACAACCACUAAUGAAAAAAGGGGAAUUAGGAAACAAUAUUCUACCCCGGUCCUUUGCUAAACUGCAUGCAUACUCAUUUAAAAUAAAAAAAAGAACACCUCUGUCCCACUACUACUGCCUGUUUUUGGUUUGUGCUGUUGUUGUAGGUGUCAAGUGAUACUGACUCUUUAUGUGUUAUUUUCGGUGAUUCUUUUCUCUUCUCUUGAACUCUUAUUUACUUCUUUUUUGAGGAAAAAACUUAAAAAAAAAAUAAUUAACUUGUAAGUUGAAUCUCUUCUUCUCAUUAUUAUUAUUAUUAUUUUCUUUCAUUGAAUCGCACGAUUCGACUUUCUGUUUCCAGGAGAAACUCUGUAUGCCCGUACGUGUGUGUGUGUGUGUAAGUGUGGCAGUAUCCUAAUUGAAAAAGACUUAUAAAAAGGUAUUCUACUCUUUCUCUCUGUCUCUGUCUCUCUCUCUUGUAUCCUUCUUUUGUGUUUUUAGGUCAAAAAUUGUAAACAAAAACAGUGGAGCGAAAUAAAAUAAAGGAGUGUAAAAUCACAAAUGAAAGUAAACAACGUUUUGUCUUCUAGGUGGGUAAGUGGCUGAGGGAUCAGUGGUCGUCCUAUUUCACUCAUGACAUAUGUAGCUUCUUUUAUAAAAGGUGGCACCGAUUAUCGUACUUUGUUCCUGUGUGUGUGGGGGGGGGGAUUUGUUGUUUUCUUCUUGUUGUAAUCACUUGCAUAAUUGAUUGCGUAGAGGAUAUUUAUCGUUUGAGAGAGGAGUUAUUGAAUAUGCAAUAAUCGUAAAUAUGGUAUUCCUUGUAACGAUUCGAUGAAGUUUUCUGUAACACAUACUAACCUUAGCUAGCCAAACUCUUGUAAUAAUAGGAUUCGGCUGAAGAACCAGACUAUAAGAAUGUACUGACAUCGGUGUUAAAAUAUAUGACUACAGUCAGUUUUAUGUUCCGAACUAGUUCAAUUUAGAUAUUGACAACUAUUAGCAAACCAUAAACACUUGUGGCUUCAAGAUACGAAAUCCAACAUUGAGUAGAUUUAGUGCCUUUUCCAGAUGUAUCAGGUGAUCCCCUCACCUACUGGACAGCUGUCAUGUUUGUUUUAAUGUUCGUCUGAACUGUUGAGUUUAUCGCUUGAUAAUUUAUUGAAAUUGUCACUGUUCAGUAGAUCUAGUUCAGUUGACCAUUAACACACCGACUGGCUUUUAAGCCAAGGCAUAACAUUUUCCUUCAAUUUGUUUAUUGUCCAAUACUGUUUUACCAUAAAGUAUUUCCUUGUAAGUAAUUUCCGAGUAUUAAUGAAAACAAAACACGUAGAUCAGCGAAGAGUCUCAUUUCGGUGAAUUCAUUUUCUUAUCUGUACAAUCGCAAAUAUAUAUAUGUGUUGUUUUGUAUGCAUGUGUACAUAAAGUUUGUC